AUGUCACGUCUGGGCAGUAGGGUCACUAUUCCUGAAAAUGAAGAUGGAGACCAAUCUAUUAACGUUACACUGAAUGAGGAGGAAGAAGUACUUAGCUCUAAUUUAAAAAAUAACAGCAUUGGAUCAUUAAAGGAGAGGACGUUCAAUUCUUUCACUUCCUCAACUCCUAUGCCUGCAGACAAAUCUAGAAAAUUCUCCCAAGAAGACGAUAUUAGUGCGAUUAUGUCAGAUUCGUUCGAUGCCAUGAGCGAGGGGUCUUACCAUAGAGCAGAUGCUUCCGAAGAAUAUGACGACGAUGAAAUUGAUAGAAGCAGAAGCUUCCAUGAGACGAAUGAUAAAACUACAUUAUCACCGUUUUCGCAGAAGCUUACUGCUAAGAAUGAUGCUGUAUCUAAGCAGAAGCUCAGAGAACGCCUUUUGCGCAAAUCUGUUGUUAAUAAGAAAGAGGCAGUUGAUAGACGGUCACGCACCUCUGCAGGCAGCACUGCGAGCUCUAACCUUUUUGGAAGGAAUAGUUCAGGAGGAGACAGAUUAACAAGUUCUCCACUGAAAGAAGGAUUUAACUCUUCUUUCGCGUCCCCGAAUCAAUCCAAGAAAAAAACUCGUAAAAUCUUGAAUAUGGAUGAUCUGUCCGAAGAUGAUUCCUCAAACAACUUGAAAGCUAUUUCCGAGAGUAAUUCUUCUAUGUCUUCAUUACUCUCUUUUGAUGCCGAUGAUAGAAAGCAAUUCACAACACCUCGUCGAGCUGUUAUCAUUUCGGACAGCGAUGAUGAUGGAGAAGCUGAUGAAAAGCAUGUGAACGGUUCCGAAGAUGCUGGUCACGAAGUGGUUAGUCUUAGCGGUUCUGAAAGCGAUGAAGAUGAAGAAGAUGACGAAGGUGACAAAGAAGACGUAGAUGACGAAGAUGACGAAAGUGACGAAAGGGACGAAAGUGCUAAUAAUGAGGAAGAGCACUCUAUUGAGGAUGACUCCGAUGUUGAAGUUGUCGAAGAAAAAAUAGCUGAAAUAAUUGAUAGUUCUAAUAAUGAAAGCAAAAUGUCAGAGCCUUCAAUUGUAGUGCUUUCUGACGACGACGACGAUGAUGAUGAAGAUGAAGAAGAUAAAGAAACAUACGAUGUAACUGACGAUGGCACUAAUAACUAUGAUGUCUCUCACGAGAAAGAGAACAUUGAGCAUGAAAAACAGGAGUGUGAAAAAGAGAAUAUACAAACUCUACCCAUAUCUAACCAAGAAGUGAAGCUCACUACUAAGUAUGACAACGAAUCUUUAGAAUCUCUGAUGGAACGCAAGAGCUUGCUGAGUAAGGCGUUGUUGAGGAUCAACCUCAAUGAGUUGCCAGAUGGAGGUAGCAAGUUGAAGGCUCAAAUGCAACACAUUAAUAAUCUAAUAGCCAUGAAAAGCCACAACCCUAGACCUGAGCUGGAAGUCGUAGACGUUGUGCAAAGAGAGAAGCCAGUGGAAGCAAUUAGAGUUCUUCCAGAAAUAAUAGACGUUAAGAGCCAAGAGAAACCUCGUGGUCCUCUUGUUCUGGAGCAACAAUUCGAUCCCGACGUUUAUAACAAAAUGCUAACAAAGGAUUCAAAUCGCCUAUUUGGUGGCGCUAUGAAUGAAAAUAGAAUGCUUAAAGUCAUUAAAGUAACUGAAGAAGCGUUAGGAAACUUCCAUAGGGCUCUUAAUUCUGCUCCUGAUGAAAACGACAAAAUCGAGACGCCAAAGGGACUGUCUUGUGAGCUCAUGGAGCAUCAGAAGUCCGGAUUGGCGUGGCUUCUGUGGAGAGAAACUCAAACACCUCCUGUUGGGAUUUUAGCUGAUGACAUGGGUUUGGGAAAAACGUUGUCUCUCAUAUCUCUCAUUAUGCAUCAAAAAAAUGAGAGAAUCAAGAGAAAAGAAACUUUCAACGAUGAAUUUGACAAACAGAGAAGAACUGCAGCCGAAAAGAAUGGACUUCAAUUCAGUAAUGCAACACUCAUAGUUGCUCCUGCUUCUUUGAUUUACCAAUGGAAAGCGGAAGUUGAGAGAAGGGUGAAGCCAGAUAGAUUGAGUGUCCACGUUUUCCAUGGUCCCAAGAAUAAGAGAGAGUCAGAUGCAAGAAGACUGGGUAAAUUUGACAUUGUUCUUACAACCUACAAUCUCCUCGGUACGGAACUCUCCGAAAAAGUUGUAAUCGGCGACUCAGACGACGACGAUUCGAAGUUUGUGAAAAAAAGCAAAAAUAAGGUUUCGAAAAGUUCUAAAUCCAUUUUGGCCGAGAUAGCCUGGGCUCGUAUUGUCCUCGAUGAAGCUCAUGCCAUUAAGAAUAGAACUACUACUGUGUCUAAGUCGGCUUGCGUGUUGUCUGGAACGGCUAGAUGGUGCUUGACUGGUACUCCUGUCCAUAACAAUCUAUGGGAUCUUUUCAGUCUCAUCAGGUUCAUGAGAGUGUCACCCUUCGAUGAGGAAAAACAUUGGAAAGAGUUCAUUAUGAGUGGAUCGCAAAAAGCUGCUGACCGUUUGAAUAUGCUGGUGAAGAAUAUCCUUCUGAGACGAACCAAGAAUCAAAUAUCUACCGCAACUCAGAAACCCAUCGUAGACCUACCACCAAAGACUAUCCACCAGCAUGAUCUCGUACUCGAGGGCAUGGAAGGAAAAAUCUACGACAUCAUGUUCACAGCUACUCAACAAAAAGUCAAACAAAUGUUGUCUGAAGAGGAAGAUGCUCGACAUGACCAGAUUUAUGGAAUGUACAGAAAGAAAAGAAAAGAGAAGGGAGAAGAAAUCAUCAAUCCGUUCAAUUUUGGAGCAGCGACCAUUAACGAGGGAGACAAGUUCCAGGCGAUGUCUUGUAUGCUUGUUAUGUUACUUAGAUUGAGACAAGCUUGUGUGCAUAUGGCAUUAACUAGACAGGCUGUAGAUAUUAAUGCUUUUGACAACAUCAAUGGUGGAGAAGACAUUGAAACGGUUUUGGAGAGAACUAUGGCCGAUUUGGAUCUUGACAAAACCGUUGAGAAAAUGGAAGAUGAAACCGCUGAAAAAAUUUUCGACUCUACCCACUUGUCUUGCAAGAUUCGGAAGCUGAUUGAGCUCAUUGAAACGCUGGAGCCCUCAGAAAAAAUGGUUAUUGUCUCUCAGUGGACUUCUCUUCUCGAUAUUGUGGAAAAUCAUUUGAUUGAAAAGAAGGUCAAGUAUACUUCCAUCACUGGAAAAGUGCCUCCUGCUGAUAGACAAGAAAGAGUAGAUGCAUUCAACAAAGAGGGAAAAGGUCCCAAGAUUAUGCUCCUUUCCUUAACCGCUGGAGGUGUAGGAUUGAAUUUGAUUGGAGGUAAUCAUCUGGUAAUGGUCGACUUGCAUUGGAAUCCUGCUCUUGAAUCACAAGCUUGCGAUCGUAUUUAUAGAAUGGGUCAGAAGAAGAAUGUUUUCAUUCACAGGUUGGUAACGAAGGGUACCAUUGAACAAAGAGUAUUGGAUUUACAAAACAAGAAACUGGAAUUAGCUGGUGCUGUAUUAGAUGGUGCUACGAGCAAGAAGAUGAACAAGUUGACUAUGGCUGACUUGAAAUAUCUGUUCGAUUUGGACGGAAAAGAUAGCAGAACCGAAAAGGUCUAA